AUGUCGUCCAAAGUUGAAUCUACAGCACGUGAAGAUGAAGAUUUAAGCUGCGGGCUUUUAUUGCGCGACAUUGAAGAGAUUAGCAAAGCUCUGUAUCUGCACCAAGCCCCACCACAUAAGCCAUUUAAUUCGUCUCAUGAAUGUGGUACAAGUAUCUCGGCCAAAACUGGCGUAUUGGUACCUAAGCCAUGUGUCCCCAUUGAAAGUUCGUCGAACAAGGACAAGAAAACUUCGUUAUGGAAAUGGAAGCCCCUUAAGGCUCUGGCCAACAUCCGUAACAAUCGGUUUAACUGCUGUUUCUUUCUGCACGUUCAUGCCGUGGAGGGCUUGCCGCCAAAUUUUGAUGACCUCAGCCUGUGCGUGAUUUGGACCCGGAAAAAUGACUCGUCGAGAACUCGGCCCGCCAGGGCCUGCUCAGGCAUGGCCGAGUUCGAGGAGACACUCAUGCACAGGUGUACGAUCUAUGGCAGCAGAAGCGGGCCCGGUGGGUCCGUGAAGUACAAGCCCAAGAUCUUUUCACUAGGUGUUGACGUGGUAGGCCCCACGGAGCUCAAUCUCGGUAACCACUGGAUUGACCUAAGCAGAUUGCUUCCGAUUACAGUGGAGGCAUUAGAGGGUGAUAAGGGUUGCUCGGGGCAGUGGACCACUAGCUUUAAGCUCACGGGCGAAGCCAAAGGGGCAAUUUUGAAUGUUAGUUUUGGGUUUUCUGUAUUGGGCGGUAACUCAUUCGAGCCGGGUUAUUUUGUUAAAGUUCCUGAUAUUGGUGGACGGAAUAAUCAUUUCGCUGAAUUUGAUAAAGAGUCGGAGCUUUCGCACUCGGUUACUUUAUUGUACCAAAAACUAGACAAGAAAAAGAUGGGUUGCAUGAUUGAUUUUGAUCACUCGCGUGAUUCUGAGUUUAGUGAAACCAUUUCUUUUGACGUGAUCGAGCAGGGAAUAGAAAUAUCCAAGGAAGAUAAGAUGGAGUUAGAGAAAUGUGUCAACCAGGAGUUCGAUAAUACCCUUAUAGAAACCAUUAAUGUGUCUGAUAUUUUUUAUGAUGAGGAGACUGCUUUUGACGAGUGUGUGAAAUCUAACUCGAACCUUGCUGACAAUCACGAGGAGCAAGAAUAUGUUAAAGAGCCAGCUUUUGAAGAAUCUUGCACGUCUCUCUAUGACAUGCUGCCUUCUAAAUCACUGAUCAACUUGGACGAUGUUUCGGAAUUGAUCGAAAAUGAUUUUCUUGACAUGUUGAACAUUGACCAGAGUCAAGAUGGCGAGUGCCCAGAUGACUUUGACCAGUCAUUUACCACUCAACCCGUUAAAAACGAACACAAUACGGUGAAUGGAUCAUCAUUGAGGACCAGAAGAGAUGCUAAAGUGCUCGAGAAUUUGGAAACCGAAGCUUUGAUGCAUGAAUGGGGUCUAAGCGAGACGGCCUUUCUGAAUUCUCCGCACAUUAAUUCCGGUGGAUUUGGAAGUCCAAUCUAUAUUCCUGCAGAGGAGCCUUUAAAGUUACCUCCAAUUGAAGAUGGUGUGGGCUCCAUGGUUAGGACGAGGGAUGGCGGUUAUCUGAGAUCAAUGAAUCCUCUGAUUUUUGCAAAUGCAAAUAAUGGUGCCAGAUUAAUUGUUCAAGUUUCUGCUCCAGUUGUUUUACCCCCAGAAAUGGGAUUUACAGUGAUGGAAAUAUUACAGUGCUGGGCAUCUGGAGGAUAUGAGAAGAUGUGUAUUCAGGUGAAUGAGUUGAUGCCUUUGGAAGAUGUCACGGGGAAGACAAUACGGGAGGUUUUGUCGGAAGAAGAAUCGGGAUCAGGUGUUCUUAAUAGGUAUGCUAUUUCUGGUGUUUUGGUUGUUUGA